AUGGGGAGUGGGGAGCCUAAUCCUGCUGGCAAGAAAAAGAAGUACCUCAAAGCUGCCCUGUAUGUAGGUGACUUGGACCCAGAUGUCACCGAGGACAUGCUUUAUAAAAAGUUCAGGCCUGCUGGCCCUCUGCGCUUCACCAGAAUCUGCCGUGACCCAGAGACCUGCAGCCCUCUGGGCUAUGGCUAUGUUAACUUCCGCUUUCCUGCAGACGCUGAGUGGGCCCUGAACACCAUGAAUUUUGAUUUGAUUAAUGGCAAACCAUUCCGUCUCAUGUGGUCUCAGCCAGAUGACCGCUUAAGAAAGUCUGGAGUUGGAAAUAUAUUCAUCAAAAACCUGGACAAAUCCAUAGACAACAGGGCUCUUUUUUAUUUGUUUUCUGUUUUUGGGAACAUUCUCUCUUGCAAAGUUGUCUGCGAUGACAACGGCUCUAAGGGUUAUGCCUAUGUGCAUUUUGACAGCCUAGCAGCUGCCAAUAGAGCCAUCUGGCACAUGAAUGGCAUGCGGCUCAACAACCGCCAGGUGUAUGUUGGCCGAUUCAAAUUUCCAGAAGAGCGGGCAGCUGAAGUUAGGAUCAGGGAUAGAGCAACUUUCACCAAUGUUUUCGUUAAAAACUUUGGAGAUGAAGUAGAUGACAAAAAACUGAAGGAAAUUUUCAGUGAAUAUGGGCCAACGGAGAGUGUUAAGGUAAUAAGAGAUGCCAGUGGGAAAUCUAAAGGCUUUGGAUUUGUAAAAUAUGAGACACAUGAGGCUGCUCAAAAGGCUGUGCUACAUCUGCACGGAAAGUCCGUCGAUGGUAAAGCCCUAUAUGUAGGGCGAGCACAGAAGAAAAUUGAACGCCUGGCUGAAUUAAGGCGAAGAUUUGAAAGGCUAAAAGUAAAAGAAAAAAGUCGGCCUCCGGGGGUGCCUAUUUAUAUUAAAAACUUGGAUGAGACCAUCGAUGAUGAAAAACUAAAGGAGGAAUUUUCUUCCUUUGGAUCAAUUAGCCGAGCCAAAGUGAUGGUGGAAGUGGGACAAGGCAAAGGGUUUGGUGUAGUCUGUUUCUCCUCUUUUGAAGAGGCUACCAAAGCAGUGGGUGAGAUGAACGGUCGCAUGGUGGGCUCCAAACCGCUGCAUGUGACCCUGGGCCAAGCCAGGCGCAGGUGGUGA